AAGAAAAAAAGUGGCAUAACGGCUUCAAAUUCACAUCAAACCACUAAAAGCGCUCGAGUUCGACCUCCGGAACCAUUUUCACAGAAACCUUUUCCACGACGCUAAGAAUGAUCGCAAACCGCUUUGCAAGAUGGAGAAUUCAGAAGCCGAUGAUUUUGAGGGUCUGAUCGACUUCCUGGUCCAGGAGCUUGCCAUCAAUGAUUGGAAUAAAGGCCUCUCUGUGUCAGAGCUGCUCGGUCGCAUUGAGACCUUCUAUGACAACCUGGAGAGAACCAAACUCGACGCCAAGCAUGAAGAUGUCGCUGAUGAAAACGGAGACCAAUUCCUGACUCCCGUACCGGAAUCUGAAGUAUCACAAAGGCCUGUCAUUGACCGCAACUUCCAAGCCAGACUCUGGGAUACUUUGGUUGCACGUGAUGAUAUCAUUGUCGGCGAAGGAAGAGUGCUCUCUUUGGACGAGGCAGAGGCCCUCCCUAUAAAAACGGAAGCCGACAAUGCAAUCGACCCCGCUCUUCUUCUCGAGCCCCCAUCAGAAACAGAAACAGGUGCCCCAGCCAUCGAGCAUCAGCCUCGAGUCCACGUCAAUCAAAGACGCCUAUGGCUUGUUCUCACCGGCCAUGAUGUGGAUAAGACCAAGCUCCCUUUUUCCGAGUGGCAGCUACUGCUCGCCAUUGCAGCCGCAGGAAAGAAGGGCAUACUUCAAGCAGAGGCCCGCAAUAUCACGGGGCAGGACAAGAGAUCCGUUCCACGGCGCACUGAUUUCCUCGCGCAAAAGGGGUAUAUCGAGAAAAAGCAGGUACUAGCUUUCAACCAAAAGACCAGCCUUCUCACCCAUAAAAUUUUCUUGGAGGCAAAAGCUGCACAACGAGAUAUGAUCAACCCAUCUGAGCUGUCGGCAAGCACGCUGACCCAGGAUCUCAAACCCGUCCCUGGUCAUGAGAACUGGUCCGGCUUAUUCGUCGAUAUUGAGAUGGUCGCCCGCACCGCAGUGGCAAUUAUGCGUUCAUGGGGAGUGAUCCGACGUACUCACAUAUUGGCAAAGAUGAAUAUCAACGAUCUUCGACUACGGAAGACUCUUGAGCGGAUUAUGCGUAAGCUUUUCGAGCUUAAAGUCUGCAAGCGAGUCAGCGCUCUCCUGCCAAACAAUCCAAAGAUUUUCAAAGACUGCAUAAAAUUUCUCCGAGACCCUACGGAGGACGAGUGGUCUCAUUUCAAGAAGAGACUCACUAGCCAAGGUUUCAAGAAUAGGCCAUCGAGAGCGAAGCCAAAGAGCGAGCAUAAGCCAAGAGCAAGGAAACGCACAAAUGGUAAGCCUAGCAAAUAUUUAAGUGAAGAUGCAUUCGAUGAUGUCGAAGCCGAGGAGAGCGAAGAGUCUGAUGGUGACUUCUUUGAUGGAGAAGACGAGGAAGCGUAUGAUGCUUCUGAAAAGCCAGCACCCAUGACCACUACCAAAGAGUCAGUGGAGGAUAUUAUUGAGCAAGUCAUUGAAACUAACCCUGGAGACGAGGGAAUAUCGGAAGAUGGUUUGCUUGCAGAGGCCGAGACUGUAUCAACUGAGGAUCUUGUUGCGCUGUUUAUACCGUUUGAUAUCAGCUCUGCAUCGACUGCAGACAAACAGACGAUACGCAUUGUGCGAGAGCCUAUUGAGAAGUCGGGUAGGGAGAUUUACCAGUACUAUAUGAUGUCGAGCUUUGAGAGACGUGUUAGUAACGGGGAAUCUUCCUGGGAUGGCGCGACUGUUUUGCACCGACCUACAGAAACGAGUGGGCAAAUAUCCGAUCUUUCUAAUUAUCCAACUAUUGCGCCACGGACAAAGCAACGUACAGCAACCACAGACAUUACUUCUCGAAAGGGCGAGGGAAGUUCAAAACAAACCAAGGCAGCACGACCCAGCACUCUCAUUAAGGGGCCUUCUACAACGGCGCCGUCUAGGACUACUAUGCCACCACAACCCGAAACUCCAAAAAGGCCUCGAGGCAGACCCAGGAAAACGGAAACCAAGACUGUCACGUACACGUCCAAUGAUCAGCUUGAGCGAGAGGCCGGUAUGCCUGGUGCUUAUUUUGACCUUCCCGACUUUCCAGUUCAGGAAAAGAUUCGAGGGCCGUCAGGAUUGCUCCAAAGAGGACGAAAACCAAAGCGGAUGAUGAUGAUGAUUAAGUCUGAGAGACUAAAGGAGUUGAAUUUGGCUCCAAGGACCCCAAAGGCACAAGAUCAAGCCCCUGUCGAGGCCGAGGAAGCCAUAUCACAGGUCGAAGAGGCGGCAGACGAUGACAACCUAGAAGAUCAGGUCGCUUCCGUAACAACACCAAUUGUCAAUGCCCAGGACAGUGAAGAGAUUCCAAAGGAAGAGUUUAUCGACAGUUCUAGAAAAGAAACUAUCUCAGCAGUGUCUACGUAUACAUCGCCAUACCCAAAUGUUCCCACUACGCCGUCUGUCCCAAGGCUUGCAUCUAUUAGCAGCCAGACCAAGGCGACAGUAGUCAAUGCCCCCCAAAUGCCAGGCUCACAACCAUCCGCCUACGUAUCACCAUAUGCCAGUGGUAAACCUCAAGGAUACAACUCGCCAUAUGCAAAGUCACCAGAAAUUUCCAAGACACCCGCGCCCCAGCCGCAAAGUAAGGGUAUACCAGCACCCAAAACUGCGCGUGGCCUCGAACCUAGCGCUUCUCAGUACAAGUCGCCAUACGCCACCAUUGAUGAGCCAGCUGGCGCUUCCAAAGCAGUUUCGCCUGAAGCACGGGUCUCGCCAGUGGUACAGGCUUCGUCCCUUUCCCAACCAGCUCAAUCAAAGCCAUACAAGUCGCCAUAUACUGCUGCGAGUCGUUCUCCUAGCUCACCUCUAAGUGAAGUUUCUCUAGCUGUUUCUAAUCACCAAGAUCUGGCGAGCAGCCAAGUUGUGGCUAAAGUCGAAGCUACAGCUCUUGAAUCUUUAGCUGAUGCUCAGGAGACUAUUCUGUUACGUGAGGGGGAAAGAAUUAGCCAGCCUGUGGCUGAGGUCAAAACCGCAGCUCCUGAAGCUGUUGGCGAUGCUAAUGAGACUGCAUUGCCUGAUGAAGGGGAAGCAAUGGAUGUGGACACCGCCAAUAUUGCAAUCGACAGAGAUGAUGCGGACGAACUGAUACAUAUUUCUGCUUCCAAAGAUGGUGUUGCUGGAAAUCUGUGUCUAAAUGACAUCGAAACACAACUUGAAUUUCUUCCACUCGAUACCGAAGACUUAGCAUCUAAAUGGAUGAUCGAAACAUCCCAAAUCUCGGUCUUUCCUGUCGUAGACACAGAAACUUACGAGAUAGUUGUUCUGUUUAGAGAAACCCAAGAGGAAUCUGACGAGACCGAGGAAAAAGAAGUCAAGUUCCUCGUCGAUCAUACAUUGACUGAAGGUGCUACAGCUUUCGUAGCCAAAAUUGGCACAGCGAUGCGAAGGAAAAAACCAAAGAACAAGAGAAUACCAUUACCGCCCUGGGCAUUCCCAAUUCCGGAUGGCGGCCCGAAACCAUUCAAGUGCGACCAAUGUGAAGGUGCCUGGAAGAAUUACGAAGGCGUUAAGUACCACAAGACUAAGGCCAAGGUGACUUGCAAUCCAAAUUGGACUCGGCCUCCGACACCUCCGACACCCGAAGAGAGAAAAAAGAGAAGCAGGGAAUCGUUUGCCCUUAGUGAGCUUACACCAGAAGAAGCUGCUCUUGUUAAUGCUCAAAGGGACCAAGAUGGCGGUUGGUCACUUCAUGACGAUGGUGGUCGCCCAAAGCGCCGACAAUAUCGUCGUAGACAGACCGUCGAAUCUGAAGCGCUGGGAGAACCCACCAACCCCGAAGAACCUGGGGCUCAGAGCUUGCCUUCGCAUCGAAUUGGAACUCCAAUCCCAGCUGAUACGGCAGCCGUGACAUCUAUUGAUGAAAGCCCUUCAAAAUUUGCUACUCCUGAGAAACGCGCCAUGCUCGCCGCCAGGAUGAAACUGAAAUACCCAACGGCAAACGACAGGGACAAUAUCGAGAGGAGAACAGGCCCGGUAAUCACACAGAAGCGUAAAGAAGUUAUACUGGACUUGUUAGAAGCGAACGGUGGUGCGUUCCCAGGCGAUCAAGGGCUGUGGUUUGCAAUGCAUGCAGCGUGGGUGCAAAAGUAUCCAGACUCUCUGAUUCAAGAUUACAAGUACUGCAAUCAGGCUGUCGGGCUUCUCGAAGAUGGCGGAUUUGUUACAAAGGUCAAGUUCUCUUUCAGGGAUCAAACCGGCCGUAUGCGUACGCGCGCUGUUGUCACAAAGAAGGGGGUCGAUCCACUAUGUCCUUUGGUAAAUGAUAUCAAAGCAAAUAUUAAGGCGGUAUUUCCGAGGUAUUACUGUCCGCCUGACUUUGAGCCACCUGAGGCGGUGCUGUCAAUGCUCGAGGCUAGAGAGUCGAGGCCUUCCGAAGAAGAACGGCAGAGGCGCAUGCUUGCGAAAGAAAGAGAAGAGGAUCCAAGGAUUCGCGCUGCAAAAGAAGCCAAGGCCUUGAAAGAAGCCCGUAUCCUAUCAAGCAUUGUGGAAGCACAAAAGCAAACGACAAAUAACGGAGAACCAGAUUCAGAUGACGAGAAUGAGAUUGUUCUCCUCAAUGCGCCAUUCUAUAUCCCUGAUCCAGAUGCAGAGGGCGAGACUGAUGUGGAGUACUAUACGGGGCGACGACGAAGGAGACGGAAGAGUGGCUUGUAUCACCGACGUAGUGAUAGCUUUAGGGAAGGACAAUCAUCACGAAUGAAAGCACUGUGGGCGUCACUGAAGGCUCAGGGCGUCACAUUAAAAGAUCGACGUUUAAAUGGCGAUGUGGCAGGCGAGUCUUUAGAUGAGUCGGGUUCUGACUUCAUGCUUUCAGAUGUUGAACCUGAAAAGCAACCUCUCACUGCUGAAGAGCAAAAGCAGGCAGACUACAUUCAGCUCCAUAGUUGCCAAACAGCACCAUCGUUCCUCCAAAACACGGACGGGUCGUGGGGCAAAGGACCACCAAAGCAGAUGCAGGCAAAGAUCCACAUUCGCAAAUCCGACUUACCAGAGCCAGUGACUUAUAUGCAAACCGCCGACAACCCAGCUUGGACUUUCCGCCCAUUUGGUCACGGUGUCAACGCCAUCCAUGUCAUGUCAGCAAAGCGUGCAGCAGUCCAGCAACAGCUGAAGGCGCCCGGUAACAUAUUCCGCCCAGUUAUUGUGCACAAAUCAAAGCGUAAGACGAGAAUUGGAAGUUCCAGAGACCAGCUUGCAGCACAAAACUUUGGCCACGACACAAUAGGUUCUUGGAAUCAUGGGCGAGGGUCAAAUUUUUCUGGGGGGCUUACUCCAAAGAAACCAAAAUCUGUUCGGUGGGAUGAUGAGUCGGACGACCUGCGUCCGUAUGGACUUACGGUCACAGGCGAAGAGAUGCCCUGGCCCGACUUCAAGCCACUACCACUCCCUGACAGCAGGUUGAGGACCAAGCCUGUCAUGCCAGAGUGGACCAACAACCCUGGGCUCGAUUCUCUUAUACAACAAGCACCAGGCUUUAGUCUUCCCAGUAAAUCACCAGUUGAAAGAAUCGGUACCCCCGACGACACUUCUAUUGCAGCAGCUGAUGUGGGCUCCUGGGCAGCAUCCAAAGGUCUGUUCUCACGAUCUGCUGCCUCGUUCAAAGAUAUGCUGCCCAAGAACCUUGAAAGCAUCAUGUCUCGGAUGAAAGCGAAAGGGUUUGAGCUUGACACGACGGAAGGAUCCGCAUACACAGAUUUCAUGGCCAAAAUCAUUACAACGGAAGAAUGGGAACAAACCAUCGGGGGCAGAACUUUAUUGGGGAUGGGAAAUAUUGCGCCGGACCAUAUUUAUAUCAACCACACUGCUGAGGAGCUAAAGGGGCCUCAACCCACGGAACCAGCUACCAAAUCCUGGCUAGCUGAUAACUCCUUUACUUUGGAAACUCUGCCCUACGAACUUCUUGUUGUCGAUCCUGUACAACAACUCCUUUCGACGACUGUAAAGAGCAAACCGAGAUGGGGCUAUCAAAAACGCCAGAGAACAGAACAAGCCUCAUCAUUCUUUGGGAUGGUGGAGGCCACGAAAUCUGAUUUCGAUUAUCUCUCACGCAAGCGUAAGUUGCCCGGCAGCCAGCUGAUCGGCCAACCCCGCCUCAAACGGCCUUAUCGCCGUGCAGCUCAGUCAAAAGACUUCCGAGUGCGUCGCCACACGUCUUUGCCUGUUGAUAUCCAAGGCCUCGAUAUACCUCUCAACGAUCCCGAUUUUGAAGUAUCUAUUUCCUAUCACGGAAUCUCCGGUCACCGUAAACGUACGAAUGAACGGACCGUUAUCUCCGAGGCUCUUGAUGACCGCCUCAUCGUCGCCGUUGUCGUCAUACGGACCCUGACUGGCGGCCUUGACCAAAGCGUAGAUUGGGUCCUCGUGUCGAGGCUCUUUCCACAGUGUACCAUGAACUGGGUUCGUCGGCACUUCAAUGUUCUCGCAGAUAAACAUGCAAAGCGGUUAAUCAAAAUGACGGAAGAUUUCCAGACUGCGUAUUUAGCUGCUUAUGAGUCUGGGGAACUUCCUAGAAUGGAUUACGACCAUCUCCUUGAUUACGAUUGGGAUGCACUUAUUGACUGGGCUAUGAAACGCACACAGCUCGUCAGGACGGCUACCGUGGAUUUGCCAAGUACUCGAGAGAAAUUCGACGAGAUGUAUGAGUUACAGGACGUCGAGGAGAAAAACUGGAGGGAUUCUUAUUUCUCCAGUACACUGCCAGUGCAUAAGCGUAUUGCUCACGCAUCCGCUAGCAACCUAACAUUGCUAGCCUCACAACCUCUCGAGGCGCCCCAAGGUCCUCAAGACGACAUGCUCCGCAUCGCUCGAUCGUGGGCGAGAGCAAGCACGCUUACACCUGUCGAUAGCUUUAAUGCCGCCACUGCAUCCGCUAAAUUACGGGGUCUCGGCCCAGAAAUCAUGCGCGACGCGGUUUCGCAGCUGGUCGAAGCAAAGGUCAUCAUGCCAGUGAACAAAGGCCGUCCGGCGCCAGGCCGCGGCUUUGAAGCCACUGAUGUCCUUACGGCGGCACUAUCGCGUAUUCUGACUCAAGCCCAUUAUAAUGAGGCGGUGGCAUACAAGGCGUGCCUUGAUGAGGCUUUCAAGAAGGACGAGAUAGUGAUGCUGGAAUAUACGGCGAGCGAGGGAGAAAUUCUUGCUACGACAAACUUACAGUGCGCGCAACGGAUCGUGCAAACUGGACACAGAAUUCCAAUGAAUAAGUUUGGGUUGACGGAGGGAAAUUAUCAGACCAAGAAGAUGGAUAAAACUAAGUUGCUGUUCGAUAUCCAGAUUUCGCCUUCGGACACCUACGUCUAUGAUGACGCACAUCCUCUAAUCCGCUCAAGUAUGUUGUCCAUCGAACACAACCCACCGCCGAAACCGCACGAUGGGGCGCUGCCUCUCUGGUAUGAUAUCAACGACCAGCUUAUCCCAGGUUUGUGGCGCAAGGUCAUGGGAGCAGUGCUGGCGACGAUUAUGCAGAGGCCGGGUAUUGAGGCUAAAGAAGUUACGCGGUUGCUCAGUCCAGCGCUGGAAGAAUGGGAGGCGAGGUUGGCACUGGAAUGGGCAUUUGGAGUGGAUGCAUUGAAAGAGGUUGCUCCUGGGACGGGCAUCGAAGGAUGGACCGUUGGGGAGUGGUGGUGGUGGGUUGCAGGGAAGGUCUGAUGGUGCUUUGGAAUGGGAUGUACUAUCUGGAGUUUGGAGAACACUUGCGCAUUAGUUUAUGAUGUUGGUUUUCUUUGCGAGUUAACGGAGCCGGCGCAUGAUUGUAAUUUUAUGUGGCGGUGGGCAAGAUACCAGGCGUUUGUACUUAGGAGUCCAUAUCACGCUCAACGGUGUAUCAAAUCAAUAAAAAUUCAUAAAUUAU